AAUCAUAACAAACAGUAUUGAGUGAGCAGUGGGCAAAACAAACACAAUGAUGUUCUCUCGUAUCCUGAAACCAAGCCUAGUUUUAUGUAGAAGUGUAAGCACUAGCGCACGCCUUCGUUACAAGGAUCCCGUUUACCAGAUUUUCCUGGACAAGGUGCGUGAGUAUCGCCUGAAGAGUCCCAAGGGAAAGCCCAUAGAUCCUGGCCCGGAAUACGAUGCGGAACUGAAGGAAGCCCUUGAGCGACUGGCUCUUCAAUACGGCGGCGGUGAGGGCGUGGAUAUGACGAAGUUUCCGAAAUUCAAGUUGCCCGACAUAGAUAUUGAUCCUAUUUCCGUUCAAGAUCUACCUGAGAACAAACCGAAGCCGGAAAAGGAGAGUAAAGAUAAAGAAGUAAAGGCCAAAGAUAAGGGCGGUGAUAAAAAAGUGAAAGGCAAGGAUGACAAGAAAGCUAACGAAACAAAGGGCAAGGAUGAAAAGGACAAGAAAAAGUAGAUCCUAACUAAAAUAAUCGUCUUGAAUCUUUAUAAAAGUCUUGCUUAAUUUGUAACAUUUUUGCAUUAAAUUAAAAAUCUUAAAUGUUAAAUUA